UAAAUGACGCUGUUUUAUUUGUUAUUAAAACUUAAAAAAAAACUAUUUGAAUGGCAAUCUGCCAUUUUAUACCAACAACGAAACAAAUCCCUAACACCCUUUUUAUCCCUUUUGCUAGGGUUUCGAUGAUCGAAUGUCGUCGUACCACCAUAGAACUUGGUGGCUGAUCACGGGCAGAAGGGACACGAUGAGUGGCCGGAGUUUGUUGCAGGUAUGUCCAACUGGAGGACCAACGUGGAGAGCAUGGAGUCUCCAUUUUUUUCUUCUUUCUUUUUCCCUUUUUCUUCCUACAUUGUACUGCCCCUUCAUUUUUCCUACAUUGUUGUUGUUGCACAUUGCUGCCAUUUUUAGUUUUAUCUUUCCCAUUGUCAUCGUCUUAGUGAAUCCGCCACCUUUUCCGCUGUCGCCCUUUGCUUCUUUGCCUCUGCUCUCCUUGUGUUCUUUCUUUUUGGUUAGCAUAGAUCUAAUUAGAAAAGUGUCCAGAUCCAAACUCCUCAGAUCUCUAGUGAAUUUGAGGUCAUUUGUAUUAUUUUUGGUUGAUCGGUAGAAGAGUAAGUGACCCUAGAACUCAAAUCUAAAUUUUAGUUUAUCUCUCUGCUUUGGCCAAACCCUAUAUAGGUGAUUAAGGGGUUGAUUUUCAUAUUUGAUCUCUGUUGGGUUUAUAUCUUAAUUGGGCUUAAUCAGAUCUAAAGUGCAAGAGUCGCAGUAUAGUAAUAAUAUUUGGUUUUCGCGUUAAUCAGGUGUGGGUAUUACCUUUGGGUGCUUUAGUAAUUAUUGAAAUGAAGUAUUAUGCAUGUUAAUCAAUCGUACAUAUUGAUUUUGCAUGGUCUAAUGGCCUUAAGAUGGAUUAGGGGUUGUCAACUAAGGUAAGUGCUAAAAGGGUGAUUUCCAUAUGUUUAAGGGCCUUUAUUGUGAUUAAAUGAUUGCGUGGGUGCCAAUUGUAAUUAUUGAAUAUAUGUUACUGAAUUUUAUGAUGUGUUAAUGUUUAUUGAUUGCAUCAAUAAGCAUGCCAUUGAAUCUUACUAUGAAUAUUGGAUGCAUGCAAAGCAUGCCACUGAAAUUGGUAAGCUGAAAGCAUGUUAAGCAUGCCAUUAUUAUUGAUACAUUUACUGGUUAGCAUGAUAUGCUAUAUUAUUGAUAUGUCAUAUUCCAUUGUAUGAGUUUUGGAUAGAUUGGGUGAUGAAGGAGUUCUAUGGACUACCGACGGUUUUUUCGUAUUAUUGUUUAGUAGUAUAUCUACGCCUCGGAAUAUUUUUGGAGUAUUGGUGACUUGUCGCAACUUACUGGCAGUUUUUCUGCAAAUUAUUGGAUGUUUUAACUGCAUAUUGUUACUAGUGGUGUAUCCACAUCGAGCUUCGCCUCUUAUUGCUUUAGUGUUAGGAUGACGGGUUUUGGAAACUCAUGGUGUGUAGGGGAUGGAUGGGUAGGACUUUUGCACUUUUUCAUAUGCGCAUGCCAUGUACAAAACACUAUAAUGCCAUGAUUUACUGUAUGAACUGUUAUUAUAGUUAUAUGCAUCAUUGAAUGAUUGUAUGCUUAUACAA